AUGGAAUGGAUAAAAAUUCAACCAAAAGGUUUACAACCACCAAAAAGGGGUGGACAUACCUCAACUAUUGUAAAGAAUAAAAUGUAUGUUUUUGGAGGUGGUAGUUAUCAACCACCAAAUGCAAAUUCAUUAGCAUUGGAACCAAAUAAUUUACAUGUUUAUGAUUUUACUAGCAAUACAUGGAGUAUUCAAUCGACAAUGGGAACACCACCAUCAAUUCGUUAUGGGCACACUGCCACUGAAGUGGGUGAUAAAAUCUUUAUCAUUGGUGGAUAUGGCACCAAUAUGUUUUAUGACGAUGUCUCAAUUUUCGAUACGGUUACAAACACAUGGAGCACACCAAUUUGCGGUGGACAAAGACCUUCAGCACGUUAUGCACAUACUGCAACAUUGGUUGGCACUAAUAUUUUCGUGUUUGCAGGUUGCUAUGAAAAUAAAUGUUUCAAUGAGCUCUAUUGUCUUGACACAAUUCAAUAUCAAUGGUCAUUGGUUGUUACAUCAGGCUCACCACCACAACAACGUUCUUAUCAUACCACCAAUUUAAUUGGUAGAAAACUUUAUGUUUUCGGUGGUCAUCUUGGUAAUUCCUAUCAUAAUGAUCUCUAUGUUUUCAAUUUAGAUUCAAAAGUUUGGACUCAAGGUAUCACUUUAGGUAAAUUUGAAACGGGUAUAGCUUAUCAUUCAUCGGCGAUCAUCAAUAAUCAACUCUUCAUUUUCGGUGGUAACGACGGUAGAGUUUGUUAUGAUACCCUUUGGAAAUUAAAUAUUGAAAAUAUGGAAUGGGAGAAAUUGGCUUUCAAAGAUAGUUCACAUAAACCACCCUCUCGUCAUAAACAUACCCUUUCCGUAUCUCAUGAUCUCUCUUUAAUUCUUUAUGGUGGUAUGGAAUUCUAUCCAAAUUGUUAUGAUGAUUUUUAUAAAUUAUCAAUUCCAAUGGGUAAACAUCCACAAUCUCCAAAUUUAAUUUCAAUUUAUCAACAACCUUUAAUUAUUAAUCAACAAAAUAAUAAUAAUAAUAAUAAUAAUAAUAAUAAUAACAAUAAUAAUAAUAAUGGUUUAAUUGUUCAAAUUCCAUCAUCACCAUCAAUGUUAUCACUUGCAAGUGGAAUUGGUAUCGGAUUAUCACAAUCUACACCAUCAACUCCUACCAUUUCAGAGAUUACAGAUGAUAGAAAUAAAUUAUUAUAUGAAUAUAAUAAACUUAAAGAAGAACAAGACCAGGUUAAAAAUGUUAUUGAUUUACUUUCAUGUUUAUCUCUUACAAAUGCAACAAUUGGUGAAUUGGAUAAUUUAGAGAAUUGUUUUUUAGAUGGUUUAAAAAGAAUUUCAAAUGCAAAAAGAAUUUAUAUUGAAACAAAAACUAAAGAAUUAAGAGAGGAAAAUGAUUUCUUAAAACAACAUUUUGGUAAUAAUAAUAACAACAAUAAUAAUAAUUAUCCACAAAUACCACCAUUAUCACCUUCUUCUCCUUCUUCACCACCACUUUUAUUACAACAACAAUAUAUUAAUCAACAACAAUCAUAUAGUAUUCAAAAACCAUUUGGUUUUAAACAUAAUCAAAAUAUAAUUAAUCAAAAUAAUAGUUCAAACUAUCAUUCAAGUAAACCUUUAAGAAGAGUAAAUUCAACUGAUUCGGUUAUUAUAGAUGGUAGAAAUAAAGAUUUAGCAUUCAGUAUGAAUGGAAAUAAUUUAAGUCCUCAAGGAUCCCCUCAUUUAAACUCAAAUCAAAGAUCAUAUAAUAGGGUUUUAAAUAAUAAUUUUAAUUUAAACUCUCCAACAAAUCAAUCAAAUGUAAAUUUAAAUCCAAAUAAUAAUAAUAAUAAUAAUAAUAAUAAUAAUAAUAAUAAUAAUAAUAAUAAUAAUAAUAAUAAUAAUAAUAAUAAUAAUAAUAAUAAUAAUAAUAAUAAUAAUAAUAAUACUUCUACUUCAAAUAUUAUUAGUAAUAAUACCACCACUAAUAAUAAUAACUCUACUGGUAAUAAUGCUAAUUCUGCUAUUCAAAAUAAUAAUGGUAUAAAUAUUCCAAAUUUUGUAAAUAAUAAUAGUAAUAAUAAUAAUAGCAACAAUAAUAAUAGCAAUAAUAAAUAUAUGUCAAAAUCAAAUCAACCACAAUUUCCAUUUCAAAAUUACCAACCACCUCAACAGCAAUAA